UUCAUCAUUUUGUUGUGUACAUUACUCGGAGCCAGAAGGUAAAAAGCACGUUUUCAAUCGUUUUUUCGUCAUAGUUAGAAAAUAUUGAGAGUUAUCUACCAACAAUAAAACCGUCAGGAACCAGGAACGCCCAUCCGGUAGAAAAUGGCUUCGAAGCUGCAGCAAGCGCUUGGACUAUCGCUGGACGAUUACAUCGCCGAAAAGGGCAUCGAGACGGGAGAACGUCCCAAGCCGGCCGCGGUCCCGCAAACUAACGAGGGUGCCGCCUUCUUCAAACGGCAGCUCCGUUCCGAACAGGAAGAGGAGGACGAUGAGGAUCUGCUGGACAUGGACGAUGAUCCGGACGGCUUGCCCAUGGACGAUUGCGACGAGGACGAAAUUCUGGGCGACACUCCACCGCCGUUGGUUCCGGUCGAGAAGCUUACUUCCGGCAACGAGGACGACGAGGCGAAGCUGGAAAAAGACGGCGGCGAGGGUGAAGAAGUCGAGCGGACAUUUAUUACGGUGGAGCAGCAACGGGGCAUUCGGCACAUGGCCUCGCAGCAGUGGCGGCUCAAAAGAGAUGACAAUGUGUUCAAGAAACCGACCGGGCUGCAGCCGCUAAUGUCGGUCCGAGCCGAGUUCGAUCGGAACACGGACAACUUGAUCGCUUCGCUGGGCGAAAACGCCAAGUUUCACAACGAUGAGUCGCGCGCUCGCAUUCAGGACCGGCUCGGGAAGCUAGGUCGUCAGAAUCACAAUAACGGCGGCAGAAACAACGGCGGUCGCUUCCGGAACCAGAAUCGAAUCCGGAACCAGUUUAACGGCAAACCGAGCGUGGCUAGCUUCAACCCGAGUCGGGACCGCUUCCAGCAGCAGUCGCAGCCAAACCGCGGUGGUCCACUCAAUGACCUGCGUCCACUUUUAUCGGGUCCAAAUCCGCUGGCAAUCGAUCCGUUCGGCGGCCAAAUCGCUGCCUUCGAAGCUGCGUUGGCCCAAUCGAGCGCGCAGGAUCGGGACAAAUUCUCGAGUGCGGUUCAGAACGCAUUCCGCAACCAUCAGCUGCAGCAACAGGGCGGACAGAUGCAGCGGCCGGGACUGCUGGGAGUGGCGCCCUCCAACUGUCCGCAGAUGGCACCGUUUGCGGCGGCCAACGUGCUGCUGAAUCACCUGACGACUGUUCAGCAGAACUUUGGCCCCAAGUACGACAUGAACAUACAAAAGGAGAUCCACGAGUUGCAGGGCAAAAAAAUGCUGUACGGCACGAGUGGCGUGGUCAGCACGGACGGGCCCGGCAUCGAGGACGAACGGAUUCGCCCGGUGGCCACCGAUCUGAGUAUGAACAUGCGGUUCAGCUCGGCCGUGAUCGAGAAGUAAAUCCGCGAGAUUGUUCUUUGACUUUUGAAUUGACUUUUUUUCCGCUUUCGAAAACGCGCGCGUGCUUUUUCGACUUAUUCGCUCAGGAAUAAAUGC